AUGGACAAGAUCCCAAAUGAGUACUUUGAAUCAGUAUUCACUCAGGAGAAAGAUAUAAAAGAUAGUGAGAUUAGUGUGAUGCACGCUAACAUGCUAGGACAGGCUUCUUCAAGAUGGGCUUUAAAGUUUGCUCUUUACAUUGCAAGGCCUGCUGCUGACUGGCAAGGGAACAGAAAUGGACGCUGCAACAUUUUGAAGGAAUUCUUUGAGGAUUCAUUGAUCACCUUACACACUGACACCAACAAUAACUCAGUGCGAGGUCAAAGACUAGAGGCUCCUCCAGAGUUGUUUUGUCGAAGCCUUGUGUCUGGUGGUCAUCUUGUUUCAAUACACAGCAAGACAAAUAAUGAUUUUGUCCUAAAUUUAGUACAAAACGCAAAUAUUACACUUCAUAAUGUUUGGCUUGGUAGCUCCGAUUUCUACAAAGACGGUGUAUUGUUAUGGACGGAUGGAUCCCAAAGGGAUUAUCAUAACUGGCUUUUAGGAAAACAUAUCCUUGGCUUACACUGCCAUGCAAUGAAGCUAAAUGGAGAUCCUGGCUUUUGGACUGAUGAGAAUUGUGGCACUAAUCGAUAUCCAUUCAUCUGUAUGUACUUCAUAGAAAGUGAUUAGAUGCAACGUGAAUCACCCCAGUUAAACCUACUCAUCUUGAUACUUCCAAAAUGCAGUCAAAACUGGAAAACAUUUCUCAUUUCUCAUGUAAUGCUAGAUUAUAAAACAUUUUCUUUUUAAAAAGCAUGGAAUAAUUAAUGUUAUUUGACCAAUCCAACCUGCUUCUCCGGAUGUCCAUGGCUGAAUACAUGUCACAAUCCCUUUAUUCCUCCCCCAUAUCCUUGCUGUGUUUUCUCUUAAGUUACAAUUCAAACUAUUUAAUUAGACCAUUAUGUUUGAUCCAGCAGUUAAUAUAUUUAAGUUGUAAAUAUUGAAAUGCAGAAUUUCAUCGGAUCAAGAUUAUUGAGUUUUAAAAAAAAUGCUGGUUACAAAGCAAGUCAUUUCGGCAGCCCAACUGGGAAAUGAUGGUCUCAUGUAUUUGAUUAAUGCUAAUGAAACAAAUCACCCAUUAUCUACAAAUGGAUAGGAAUGUGUCAUUAAGUGCUUAAAUUCCCAUUCCAUUGAUUCAUUGAGGUCAGUGAUUAUCCAAGAACAUGAUUUUUUGGGCACAAGUCUGUGGUUAGAAAGCCGUCAUUAUUUGCCCAUGAGAAAAAGGAAAAGCUUAAAUUUCUCUGGGCCCAUUUUCAGGUAAAAUGCUACUUCUUUUUCUGUAAAGAUACUGGAAACAUUUAAUGUUUAUGUUCAAAAUAAGUGUUAAUAAAUUGUUGUUGAAAUAGAACAGGAUGAU